AUGGCGAACCUCAGCAAUGCGACCGGCCUCAUCAACCUCUACUGCGGCAGCCUGCGCAACGUGAUCGCACAACACAAUGCGAACUAUGUCUUCACCGAGACCCCGGAAGGCUACUCAUGCGAGCUGUCGAUGCCGUUCAACUCUCCCGUGAGGGGCGGCAGCAGCAAUGGCUCAUUCCGCUCUAAGAAGCUCGCAAAGCAGAGCGCGGCUCUGGCGGUCGUAGAGCAGCUUAUACUUGCGGGCGAGUUUGAUGCUCAGCUGAAUCCAACACCUGCAAACCCGGCUAAGCAGAAAGGAGAGCCCGACAGCAACGGUAUGAAGAAGACGCUCGAAGUUCAGCGGAAUGCUGCGCGCGCCGAGCUCGACGGCCAUAAGGAGGUCGGCGUCGUCGGCACGGAGGGGUACAAGAGCCUGCUGUGGUCGAACAACUGGAAGCCGAUCGGUGACGAGGGGAAGCUGCACGGCCUGGCCGUCAACCUCAUCGUCGAGGGCGUCGACUUGGUCCCAGAGUGCCGCACUUUGGCGUUCCUGACGGUGGACCAGGCGCCGAUCGUCCCCGUAGACGUCAGCGCGUAUGACACCUCGGCACGGCUUGAUCUGAAGCACACGCGCUCCUUCAAGCUCUCCUCCGAACAGCGCACAGAGGCGUUCGCAUACACACGCCGGCUACUGCAGGCGAUGACGAACCAGCGUGUAGAGAGCAAGCUCGAGGAUACGCCGAUCCUGCUCCUCCCGCUGCGGAGAGACUAUACGCCGAAACAUCGCGCUAAGGACAACGAUGUCGACUGGGCCGAAGUGAAGCGUAGCGAGGAGCACGAGCAGCUCUCGCAAGACCCCGCUGAGCUCGAGACGCAGCUCGAAGACGCGAUCGUGGCGUUCGGUGACUUCAACCGCAAGUUCACGGCGACGCCAGAUGGACUAGGCGAAGACGGCAAGGCGCAGGUGCGGAUAUCGCAAUUCUUCAGCGCGAAGCGGGGCGGCGUUGUCGGCUCGCUCACGAAGAAGGCGGAAACCGACGUGCGUCCAGCCAAGGAUCUGCACAAGACGAGCGUAUCCGCGAGCUCGUUACGGACAGCGACUCUGCUUCCGAACCUGAUCGCACAGCUGAACGACCGCCUAGUCGCUGCCGAAGCCACAAGGCUACUCGGCGGGACGCUAUCGCCGGAGCUUGUACUCGAGGCACUGUGUCCACCCGGCGCACGAACAGCGCAGGACACAGCCUCUCAAGGCCACGAGAAUUACGAGCGCCUAGAGAUUCUAGGCGACACGUUGCUGAAGCUAUUCGCGACGCUCGACGUGUUCGACCUCGCUAAGAGCGAGGGUGCAAUGACGCGGGCGCGGCACGGCUCCGUGUCGAACAAGGCGCUCAAGAUCGCGGCGCUGAAGAGUGGUAUAGUCCCCUUCAUCCGGAGCGGAAAGCGCAAGCACCGUGACGUUGUGCCGCCCGGCUGGGUCACGCUCCCCCUAGGCUAUGCUGGGGAGGAUCUGCCUCCAGCCAGCGACAACUUCACCCAGCUCCCAAUCGGCGACAAGACGAUCGCGGACGUCGCUGAGGCGCUGCUCGGGGCGGCGUACCUGUGCACGGAGGGCGAUGAUAUUGCGAAGCUCCAAGCGGCGCUGGAUAUUGCCCACAGGCUCAAUAUUCCGCUCAAGAUGAAGCGGUUCCCCGCCAGCCGCUCGUCAGCCGUGGGCACAACGCUGAAGGACUACGUCUUCCGGGAUCCGAAAACCGCGGACGUUAUCGUGUCUCCCCGCAAGGGUCCCGGCUCCUUCGGCCACUUCGAAAUGUUUGAGUUCCUCGGCGACGCCGUGAUCGACUACACGUCGCCAGCACAGUUGACGAUCAUGAAGCACUCGCGUGUCUCUAACGCGGCGCUGGGAGCGUACACGGCGACGAUUGGGCUGCAUCACGGCGUCGCAGUAGGCGACCCGAGUCAAGAGGAGCGCGUGGCCCAGUUCGCGGCGCAAGUCAGCUUGGCCCUAGGCAAGGCGAAGAAGCGACGCGAGGGUGGCGGGGUAGUAGACGAGUUCUGGUCCCAGGUGCCAGAGUACAAGACCUCUCAACAUCCCCACCCUCUCACUCUGACGUUCAUGGGCGACAUUCUCGAAGCCCGCCUCGGCGCGAUCUACCACGACACUGGGUCUCUGGCCCUGUGCAAGUCUCUCUUCGAGCCGGCCCGAGGGUGGAUAGACUCCUACGCCCUGAACCCGAAGAGCAAGAAUGCAAAGCCACACCCGAAGAGUGCGUUGCUGGAGCGGCUGGCCAAGGCGGGGUGCCACGGGGUCAAGGUGGACAAGGUUGAACCUCUUGCGGCGAUCGCGGGCGGUGCCGCAGUCACGGGGGCAGGUGAGGGCGCGGGAACGAAGGACAGCUAUGGCGCGCUGGUCACCAUCCACGGCGUACCGCUUGCCGGGGCAGUGGGCCGGAGUCCACAACUCGCCCAGCGUGCGGCCUGCGAGUUGGGCCUGGAGACACUGCAGAGUUUCGACUGGGGCGUGUGUACUUGCAAAGCCAAGCGCGAGACAUCCAACACGAAAGGCGACGUUGACCCCAGUCACCUACGCCACAGCCCGGGGAAGCGUGCUCGUGAUGCUGGCUGUGAUCUUGCAUCCGUUGCUCCAACUCCUGAAGCAGAGCCAGUAAAGAAGAAGCGCAAGUCCAAGUCCAAGAGCCAACCCAAGUCUAGUUUGCCGCAAGAGUGA